AUGAUAUCAGAAGAACAAAUGAAACACAUACUGGAGGCCCAGCAGGCCAGCUUCAUGGCAUUACUCACGAAAAUGCAGCGAAAUUGGGGACCGGCAUCCAGAGAGAACAAGAGGAAACAGAUCGAACAACGGAUCACCGAGUUCGUUUACGAUCCAGAGGGAGGCGUGAAUUUUGAAGCCUGGUUUCGAAAGUACGAAGGACUGUUCGAAGAGAAGGGAACAGAACUGGACGACAAGACGAAAGUGGAAAUCAUUCUGCUAAAACUGGCCCAGCGGGAACACGAGCGGUACGUAAAGUUCAUUCUGCCUCAGAAACCAUCAGAUGUCUCGUUUAAGGACACAGUCAAGCAUUUGAAUGCAUUGUUCUGUUUUACAAAGUCGUUAUUCAAUCGACGUUAUGAAUGUUUCAAGCUAGAACGUAAGCCUGAAGAAGACUAUUUUGACUUGGCCGGUCGAGUUAAUGAUACUUUUCAGCAAGCCGAGCUAGAACAAGCCACGAGCACACAGAUUAAAGCACUAUUCUUCAUUAAGUCGUUGACGUUGCCAGAAGAUGCAGAUGUGCGCACGCGGUUACUCGCCCCGCUAGACCAGAAAGGCAAUAUGACAGUACAGGAACUGGCAGAGGAAUGUGUCCGAAUCGCAAAUAUCAAGCGAGACACUCGGCUUAUUGGAAGCACAAAUAGUCAGCCAGCUUACGUUUUUGACACAAAAUCGAGACAAUCACAACCGAGUAGAGUUUCUCCACGGAAGCCAAAGAAGGCUUGUUGGCUGUGCGGCGGCUGGCACUACGUGAGUGAAUGUCCCUAUCGUAGUAGGAAGUGCUACAAAUGUUCCCGUGUUGGCCAUAAAGCUUCACAUUGCAGAGCAGCGCACACUACCCCAAGAAAGAAUUGCCAUGUCGUUUUAGAAGACGAUUCGCAUGUUCUCAACUGUGAACACCGGAAAUACCUGACAGUGAAGAUUAACGAAAAGCCGAUCACAUUACAAGUAGACACGGCUUCUGAUCUGACCAUAAUCAGCAUGCGCACAUGGGAGGACAUCGGUUCUCCAGAACUGAGACCAUCAGAGGUCAUAGCGUGGGCGUCAAAUGAGACGCGUAUGGAAUUUGAAGGCGUUUUCCAGGCGACUGUCAGUUUUCGAAACAUGACUUGCCUCGCAGAUGUCUAUGUGUCGAAGACCCGUAACAAUCUUCUCGGAAAUAAGACGAUCUCCGAACUGGGAUUAUGGAACCGUCCCUUUAACGAAAUUUGCAGCGCGGUGCACAACACUACUGAGGAGGUCCUGAAGAAUAAGUAUAUGGAACACAUGGAGAACGCGGCCGGCAGGUGCACGAAAACGAAGAUAAGUUUGAAAGUGAAGACGGAGAAAAAUCCAAUCUUCAAGCAGAGCCGACGAGUCCCGUUUGCGGUACAGUCGUCGGUAGAAGCUGAACUGGAAAGGUUACAGGCAAAGGGCGUAAUCUAUCCUACCAAUUAUUCAACUUGGGCUGCCCCAGUCGUGGCGGUGAAGAAACCCAACAGACAAAUACCAUUGCGCGCGGAUUAUUCAACGGGUUUGAACGACGCACUAGAAAAUUACCAUUACCCGCUGCUAACCUUAGAGCAGGUUUUUGCUACUCUAAAUGGAGGGAAAGUCUUUGCAAGGAUCGAUCUAUCCGAAGCUUACUUGCAAAUUGAGGUGGACGAGAAAUCGCAGGAACUUUUGACCAUUAAUACGCACAAGGGUCUUUAUAGAUACAGUCGCCUAAACUACGGCGUGAAAACGGCGCCUAGUGUGUUCCAGCAGAUUAUGGAUACGAUGCUUACGAAUGUUCCCGGGACUAUUGCAUAUCUCGACGAUAUUUUGGUUGUCGGUAGCUCAGAGGAAGAGCUGACUCAAAGGCUGGACCAGGUUGUGGACAAUCUGAUCGACUACGGCCUUAAGAUCAGCAUGGAGAAAAGUUAA